UCCCGAGCUAGAACCUCCCUGCUUGCGUGAGAGGCCGACUCGACGACAAACCCGCUCCGCUCCCUCAACAACGUCUCAAUUGGGCCCUCGCCUCUUUUCUGCUCUCAUCUCUUCACACACAGAUCAUACAAAUGGCGCUCUCUUGCAGAUACGCAGCCCAGAGCUGCGCCCGUCAGCUCCGUGCCACCGGCUCGUUGCGUGCCUCGACAUCCCUCUUCCAGAUCCGAACGCCCGCCACCGCACGAAGACACAACUCUACCGAGGCCGCCGCUCCCACGAACCCCAAGAUCGCCGCCAUCGUCGACCAGAUUAGCACCCUUACCCUUCUCGAGACCGCAGACCUCGUUUCAAGCUUGAAGUCCAAGCUGAACAUUCCCGAUCUUCCUGUCGGUGGUUUCGCCGCCGCUCCCGCAGCAGCCCCUGCCGCGGCUGCGGAGGUCGAGGAGGCUGCGCCGGCAGCCGCCGAGAAGAGCGUCUUCAACAUCAAGCUCACUGCCUUUGACGCCGCCGCGAAGGCCAAGGUCAUCAAGGAAGUCAAGAACCUGCUGGGUCUCAGCUUGGUGGACAGCAAGAAAUUCGUCGAGAGCGCGCCGAAGCUGAUGAAGGAGAACGUAGCCAAGGACGAGGCCGAGAAGAUCAUCGCCACGAUGAAGGAGCUUGGCGCCACCGUCACUAUGGAGUAAACCGCCCUGAUGGCUGACCGGGUUGGCUGGUUUGGGAAACGAGCGCGCGCACACGCGCGCGCGCCCUACUUUCGGGAGUGUGAGGAAGCACGAACCUCGGGAGGGGAGCAUUGUUGUCGGACAUCU